CUGUCUGGCGGACGGGAGGUCGGGCGGCCGGAGAGGCUUGGGGCGGGCAGCGCCGCAGCAACUCCGCAUGGUGGAUCACGUAAUCGAUAAAACCAUGUGGUAACCGUUCGCUAUUCGCCGGGUUCAUGCUCUCUGGUGAAAAAAAAGUGAGUGCCUUCGAAACAAUCACUUUUGUACGAUGUGCAUCGUGAAAAUAUGCGAUGCCGAUGUUUGUUAUAGAAGUGUUUUUCAAGAAAAAGUGUAUUUGAUAAGUGUUAUUAGAUACGUCUGAGAAGAGACGAAGUAUGAAAAAUAUAUAUUGCUAGUGUUGCAUUUUUUACAAUGAAAAAAGGACUCUGUUGAAUUUACAUCCGUGUCGUUGGAUGAAAAAUCUGCUCUAACUCCGGGAGGCACGCAGGCAGCAGGCGCGGCGCGAGGGCCGUCGCUGAUGGAGCAGCUGGAGCUCCAGCAGCUGGUGGACGGCGCGCGUGGCCGCCGCGGUCGCCUAGCAGCGCUGCUCGGCGCCGCCCCCGCAGGGAGCGGCGGCGCGGCGGAGGAGGAGCUGGUGUGCAGCCCGCCGGCGGUGUCGACGCCCGUGGUGGCCAACGGGCCUUCGAUGGCGUGUGCGGCGGGGCCGUCGGCGGCGGGGCCGGCGGGCGCGGUGGCGUCGGCGUCGGCGGCGCUGGCGUCGGCGACGGCGUCGGCGUCGGGCGCGCGCCGGCGCUCGUCGUGCUCGUCGGCGGCGGCGGUGGCGCGCUCGCUGUGCUGCCGGCCGUGCCCGUACCUGGGGCUGCUGCUGGCCACGCUGUCGUCGCUCUUCUUCUCGCUGUGCUCCGUCAUCGUCAAGUGGCUGGUGGACGUGCACCCCAUGGAGCUGGCGGCGUGCCGCUUCGUGGGCGUGCUGCUCCCCGCCGUGCCCAUCGUGCUGUGGCGCAACGAACGCCCGUUCCCGCGCGGCCGGCGCGCCAUGCUGCUGCUGCGCUCGUUCGUGGGCACGACGGGCCUCAUGCUCAGCUUCUACGCCUUCCGCCACAUGCCGCUGGCGGACGCGUCCGUGGUGGUCUUCAGCGUGCCCGUGUUUGUCGCCAUCUUCGCGCGCCUCUUCCUCAAGGAGCCGUGCGGCCUCUUCAACGCGCUGUCGGUGUGCCUGACGCUGGUGGGCGUGGUGCUGAUCACGCGGCCGCCGCUGCUGUUCGGGCGGGCGGUGCCGGCGCUGGCCGAGCAACUGCCUUCGAACGGCGCGGGCGGAGCGGGGGCCAGCAGCGACCUGUGGGGCGCCGUGGCCGCCUUCGCCGCCACCCUGUUCGGCGCCAACGCCUACGUGCUGCUGCGCGCGCUCAAGGGCCUGCACUUCUCCGUCAUCAUGAGCAACUUCGGGUGCUUCGCGCUGGCGCAGACGCUGCUGGUGACGUGGGCGCUGGGCGCGCUGUGCGUGCCGCGCUGCGGCUGGGACCGCGCGCUCGUCGUGGCCCUCGCCCUCUUCAGCUUCGGCGGGCAGAUCCUGCUCACGCUGGCCCUGCAGCUGGAGCAGGCCGGGCCCGUGGCCAUCGCGCGCUCCGCCGACAUCGUCUUCGCCUUCAUCUGGCAAGUGCUCUUCUUCCAGGAAGUGCCCAAUCGCUACAGCAUCGGCGGCGCCGUGCUCGUCACCAGCUCGGUGGUGCUGACCGGGCUGCGCAAGUGGGCGCUCGCGCUGCCCGACUCGUCCGCCACCAAGCGCAGCCUGGGCGUGCUGGCGCGGUGA